GAGGAGGUGUGAGUGUGUUUGUGUGUGUUCGCCGCUUGCGCGCAACGGAGAGUCGGCGCAAAGUUUCCUCGAUGGCGCUGGUGAUGGAGCCGGUGAGCAAAUGGAGCACGAGCCAGGUGGUGGACUGGAUGAAAGGUCUGGACGACUGCUUGCAGCAGUAUGUGUGUGUGUUUGAGCGUGGAGGUGUGUGUGGGGAGAGGCUGCUGAGGAUCAGCCACGCCGAGCUGGAGGAGCUGGGCGUCUCUCGCAUCGGACACCAGGAGCUCAUUCUGGAGGCUGUGGACUUGCUCUGUGCUCUGAACUCGGGUCUGGAGACGGAGAGCGUCCGGACUCUGGCUCACAAACUCGGCGCCUCGGCCAAAAACCUGCAGAACUUCAUUUCCGGCCGCCGCCGAAGCAGCCAAUCAGAGAGCAGGUCCUCACGGCGGUUACCCAACGACCUGCUGACCUCUGUGGUCGACCUCAUCACCGCGGCCAAGAGCCUGCUCGCCUGGCUGGACAGGUCUCCGUUUGCUGCAGUGGCAGACUACUCCGUAACACGGAAUAAUGUCAUUCAGCUCUGCCUGGAGCUCACCACCAUUGUACAGCAGGACUGUACGGUGUUUGAGACUGAGAACAAAAUCCUUCAUGUGUGUAAGACUCUGUCGGAGGUGUGCGAGCACAUUGUGUGCGUGUCGUCGGACCCACUGGUUUCCCAGUCGGCCCACCUCGAGUUGGUUCACCUCACCAACAUCAAAACCUCUGAAGGCCUGGGAAUGUACAUCAAGUCGACCUACGACGGCCUCCAUGUGAUUACAGGGACAACUGAAGGGUCUCCAGCUGACCGAUGUAAGAAAAUCCAUGCGGGAGAUGAAGUCAUUCAAGUCAAUCAUCAGACUGUGGUGGGCUGGCAGUUACGCAACCUGGUCGGCUCGCUGAGGGCCGAUAAAGGCGUCGUGUCGCUGACCCUGAAGAAGCGUCCGCAGAGCACGCUCAGCUCCGCCCCGGCGCUGCUGAAGAACAUGCGCUGGAAACCCCUGGCUCUGCAGCCGACCAGAAGUCCAAGCAGCAGUUCGGCAACACCCUCAGGCACACCCACCAAAAGCUCCGCCCUCCAGGACCUGUACAUCCCCCCUCCUCCUGCCGAACCAUACACCCCCAGAGAUGAGACGGGAGCCUUGUCUGUGAGCGAGGCACCUCGUAACCAUGGCGGCGUCAGCCUCGCUAAGCGCUCUGAGUCACCAAACUCCUUCCUGGACCAGGAGUCUCGCCGGCGAGAGGAGGAGGAGCCUGUGUACUGCACCACGCCCACAUAUGGCAGGCUGAGGCCCAUCUCUAUGCCUGUGGAGUGCAACUGGGUGGGCGACUAUGAAGACCCAGCCAAGCUUAACAGAGAUAGUCGCAGAGAAGCGACGCUCAUGCAUUACGUGCCAAUGCCCGCUGGCGACGAGAGGAACCCAUCGGACGACUACUCCUCCCACACGGCUCGUCCAGGUAAACGAUCCAACGACACGGCCAAGCGUGCCAAGAGGCGGAGCCACCACAGCCAAAGCCCCUCCCACUACGUCCUGCAGAACAACCAGAGGGAUUCUCCGCCCAGAGACCCGGCCUCCAUCUAUCACACAUACCAGCAGUCGUCCUCUCUGCAGUCCAAGACCAGAAAGAAGAAUAAAGGGCGAGGUCUGGCCUCGCUGAGUCGGAGGCGUGUGUCCUGCAAGGCGCUCGGCAGGGGAGACUGCGAGGGCUGGCUGUGGAGGAAGAGGGACGCGAAGGGUUACUUUUCGCAGAAGUGGAAGAAGUACUGGUUUGUCCUGAAGGACAACUGCCUGUACUGGUACAUCAACGAGGAGGACGAGAAGGCGGAGGGAUUUGUCAGUCUGCCAGAGUUCAAGAUCGACCGGGCCAAUGAAUGUCGCAAGAAGUAUGCUUUCAAAGCGUGUCACCCCAAGGUCAAGAGUUUCUACUUUGCAGCAGAUGGAGUGGACGACAUGAACAGAUGGCUGAGUCGACUCAACAUGGCCGCCGUGGGCUAUGCUGAGCGCGAGCGGAUGCGCCAGGAGCAGGAUUACUGGAGCGAGAGCGAACAUGAGGAUGACACCACCUCCAGCCCCAAACAGGACAGCCCCCCACCUCCAUACGAUACCUACCCACGGCCUCCAUCAAUGAGUGCCUACUUGGAAGGACGGACCACUCGGCUGUCUUCCACGGAGACGUCUCGCUCACGCUCUUCCCAGGAGGACUUCCUGUGCGGGGAGCCACCCGCAGUGUCCGCUGAGCCGCAGUACCACCCGGGUCCUCUCGGGGGAGGCACCACACACAGUGGGAGGAAACCAGGGGGCAGCAGCAGCAGCGACGUGCAGUACAGAUGUGAUGCUAUAGAGUAUCGUUCCAGUCCUGCUGGGGGCAGCAGUGAGACAGGGUCCCCAGGCCGCUCUUCGUCCUCUCAGAGACGUUCUUGGCAGGACCUGAUUGAGACGCCGCUGACUGAGGCCGGGCUGCACUAUUUACAAACUGGACCGUUAGAGGACGCAGUCUUUGUUGAACCUGGUCCCGGCGGUGGGAGUAUGAUGGCCGGAGCCGUGUACACUCUCCCCGCACAAAGGAAUGUCCCGUUGCCUAUGGCGAUGCAGAGGCUGAUUCCUAUGGCAACCCAGGGAGGGAAACCCCGCAGCUUCACGCUGCCAAGAGACAGCAACCUCCACACACUCCUCACACCCCCUGCGAAAGAGGAGCACCAAACACGCAACGGUGGCAGUGAAGGAGCGUCCCUCGGCGACUUGUUCCGCGCCUGCGAGCAGGGCGGCGUAUGCCCCUUGGGCCGCGCGUCGGAGGCCAAAGGUCAGACGGAGUUCAGGCAGUCGUUCCUCCGACGGGCCGCCGACCCUCAACUCAACGACCGCCUGCACCGCCUCCGCAUUCUGACCUCCACCCUAAAGGACAGGGAGGGGGAGCUAGCGCUGAUUGACAGGCUGUUGGCCAAUCCCCAGCUGUCGUCGGCUGAGUUCCAGGAGUGGAAGCGAGCCUAUCAGGAGCUGUUCUCGCAGGAGCCUCAGAACUCCGCCGCCGAGUCCGAGCCGGGCCCGCCACUGACCCCCUCGCUCUCUCACACGCACUCCUACAUCGAGACCCAUGUCUGACACGUAAAUCACAGAGAGACACCCAUUGCCAUGGUUUACGAUAAGCCGAGGUCUUUCUUGCGUCAGUGACUGAAUGUGAGGACGAGUUGAUUCUUAUACCUAUGACUUUCAGCGGGCCGAGACGUUCGAGUGCAAUACGGCGGCUUUCUAUGUGUGGACGCCUCGGGUCACAUUCUGACAAGAGGGCGGUUCACAACGACUCUUAAAGCAUUAAGUGUUUGCUUUUUACACUCUUUACCUUACUCUACAUGGAUUAAAGGGAUUGACAGAAGAGUUGAACCUGACGUGUCUCCGCGAGCUGCCAUUUUCACCCGUUUGUCAUGCCAUGUUUCUACAGACUGCACAGUGUCUUGUCGCGUCCUCUCGAGCCUUAUACUUGAUGUAUAUAUGAUGAUAUUUUCUGUACAGUGAGUGUUACUGCAGAUUAACAAUUAGCAUUGUUUUGUUUUUGUUUUAGAGACUUUUAUUUAUGAUGGUAUUGGUUGAAAUAUGUAUUACUGCUGGGCUGGACCUGGAGCAUGCACACUCAACAAGGACCCAUUUAACCUUUCUCCAGUGUUCCCUUAAACCUUCCCUUAUUUCAGUGUUGGCCGACUAAUGUAUGUACCAAUGUGUUUUAUCUUGUCCUAUGUGGUAGCCUGGCUAAAGCAUCUCAAUCUCAUAUGAGUCUGGAAAGGGUGUUGUCAGUCCGUGUAUCAUUUGUUCAUUCAUUGAAGUUACUAGACCUGAAAGUUGUGAGUUAAGUAAAGUUAGAAAGAUAUUCACAGAUUCAAAUGUCCACGAUCAAUAACAUUUAAACGGACUAUUGUUGAAACACUUGCAAGACCUAUUUUGAAUCAUAGCAACGUUGACAACAACAGCCGAAUCGAAAGACAGCUGCUCUUUUUGAUGGCAGCCAUGUAUACAACAGCUGCUAGACGUCGUUUCUUGGUCGUCAUCGUCGUGUUAGGCCCACCUCUAGUGUGCCAGGAGUUUGCAAGUGGUUCCCUUUUUUUUUUAGGAGAUUCUGAAGUUGGCCAAAAACGGCGUUCCUUGCCAGAUGCAUCCGCAAGAGCAAAAUCCAAUAUUUGGCACACUCAGCUGGGUUCACGCAGGCCUUCCUACUGUAUGUGAGCACAAAAACCACAAAUCAUCAUGACAUUUCCACUCAAAGUACCAAAAUAGAGACAUCUUACUCACAGCUAAGUUUAAAAACACUCUGAAAGGUGUGGAUUAUGUGGGGGAUUGUGGAUUAUGCGGGGGGUUGUGUAUCCCGACGCAUGAGUAAAGACGCUCAUGUGUACAAUAUUGCAAGAUUUUUAGGUAAUAAGGUUGGAAAACUAUCUGAAAUAUCCUUGCUUAAGGAAAACUGAACACUGGAGUAAGGUUAAAGGAACAAUCCACCCUAAGAACAUUUAACAACUGCCAAUAUUGCAUUUAGGAGCCCAUGAUGUGGUACAGAAUGAUACCCGAUGAUGGCUUUGAAUGAUUCAUGUGUUGCCAAACUGCUUUGUGGAACCAUUGCUUUGCUUUGCAAGUGCCGUGUGUGUGGCAGGAAAUCCCGUCAAAAAGCACAGUUCACAGUUCAUUAUCUCAAUUGUGCCUGCAUUGUGAUCCGAUCUCACCAUGCAAAUGAGUUAAAUUGGCAGUUGGGAAGCUUGUCAGCAAACAAAAGCACACGCCAGGUCAAGCGAAGCGUGAUUUACAUUGUAUUUAAAUCACUUAAAUUGUUUGUUUUUUUAAAUGACAAACUGUGAAGAGAGAGUGGCCGGCAAGGGUUUGCUACCACUGUUGGCUCAAGCUCAAAGGAUAAGGUGAAGUUAGUUUGUGGCAAAAUAUGCUUGGUUCACCUGCUGCUUAUCACAGAACCAGCCAGAGCAGCUCUGUUUGUCAUCCAAACACAGUCAGCAGGUUAAUGAGAACUCCAAGUGAGACCUAGCGCUCCAUUCAGGGUCAGAAUUGUCGGGUGAUUCACAUCAUGUCCCAUGAUACUGCUACCAUGAUGAAGCAAUUCUCCAUUAUUCUGCCAUCAACUCCUAUUUUUUAGCCAGUGCAACAGUGACAGGGACUGUUUCUCAGUACCCAAGUAAGCAAGGAUGUACUUGCAUAUGACUGUACCCGCCAAGUACAGGAGUACACAAGUACGAUCAUUGCAAUUGGAACAGUAGCAUUCUAACUUGCUCUGCUGUUUGAAUUUCAGAUGGCACCAAUCGCUUAAGCUUCAUUACCGCCACCGAGUGCUGAUAACAAACCACAUUUUUGAAUUUCAAAAAAGAAAUGCAUUCUUGGAUACAGGACUCUCCCCAAGUACGCUGAAGUCACCACCCGAUGCAUACUUGAUAAAGCAGGCGAACGCAAGUACAGAGAAGUACAUGCAUAUUGAGAAACGGCCAAGUUUUAGCUAACUUCCUUCGAAGGAAAGCCUCUUUGUGGAGUUUUGGAUCCUGAUUGGACAAAAUGUUUUGCCAAUAUUAGGAAAGUUUCCCAGCUCACUCCAGUAAUAGCUAGUUGGAAUAUAGAGUGCUAUUUGACAUAUAUUUUAACAAAAGUGCUAUCUUUUAAACUAUCAUUUAUGUGACCUUGAGGAUCAUGAACAUUAAGAUUGUGGGUAAAUUUUGCGGGAAAUCUCUCCAAAGCACCAUAUUUUUUAAUUACAAGCACUAGCAAGAAAUCCAGGGGAAAAAUCCAGGGGAAAAGCUGCUUAUUUUCAGCUCAUUAUGGUAGAGUUAUGGUAUUCUUACCAUCUAAUAAUCUAAAAAUAGCAGAGUACUUAGCUGACAGAGCAUAAAACCGGUCUCCAAAACAUGUACCCGCCUAAAUAUAGCCAUGUUUCUGUUGCUGUUGUCUUUUUCUUCUGUGUACUGGCGUCUUCUGUCAUUUGGAUUGGCAACUGCAGCACACACACAGAUUUCUAUUGCAUUAUCUGGGUGUAUUAGUCCAACUUUGGUACAAUUUCAGUCAGACUUAACAGGUUUACGUGUAUUUUUAAAGUCUAGUUUUAACUGGACUAAGAAUAAUUUAAUGUAAAUGUGCUGAUUAGGACUUCCUGCUGUGAUAAAAUCCAAACCUCAAUCUCAAUUUAAAAGAUGAGAUUCACACAAGACAUCACCUAGAAAGGAGAAGCUAGGUCCCUGCACUUUGCCUCAGGCUCCAUUUCGGUUUAGUUUUUCUCCCACUUUCAUCUUCUGUGGCUUUAAUGGGCAACAUCAUCCUAACCACAACACCUGAGCCUCCUGUCACCAUGGCAACCAAAACUAUAAGAGAGGUGGUCAAGCUGAUCUGGUCAUCAUGGAAAAGCCACCUGGAAAAAAUAGAUGCUUUCAUGAAGAGGGUUUUCAUGGAUUAUAUAUUGACGAUAACAGUGUACAGGUUUUCAUGGGUGGACUUUUCCUGUCCUGCAUGCAACAUAGAUAAUAUAACGACAGGUUUCCAUAGGAACUGCAAUACAGAUCUAAUGAAAACAUAUAUCAGUUUGUUUAUUUGUAUGCUGCUGCACAAGACGCUGCACAUAACUAUUAAAAAGCAAUCAUGAACAGACAAAAGCACACUAACACAGUUUGAAUGUUCUCUCUCUGCUGCUGCCUGUGGUUGAUUUGUAGUUACUUGUCUUUGCUGUAGAUCAAGGCAAUAUUUUUUUCUGUUUAUUUGUAUUUGAAAUCUCUAGAUACAGUAUAGAUCUCUCUCUCUCUCUUUGUAGAAUAUUAAUUCAAUGUAUUGGGUGAUAAUUCAAUCAGUUUUUUUCUGAAGAGACUCAAUGAGUAAUAAAGAUUGUUUAAUGUUAUUAAAGCUAUAAAUUAUGCUUAAAAAACAACCAGUAUUUAUUUUAUGUGAUCUAUCUGCGUUUACUGUCUGAAGAAGAAGA